CACGCCUCUGGAGUCCUGGGGAAUGAGGUUGGGGACGGGCUUGGGCCAGAGGGGCGGAGUGAGAAGACUCCGCGCGGGUAAAGGGGCUGUCUAGAGCACCGACUGAUCAUUUUGCGGUCACACGCUGCCUUCCCCUCCUCCGCUGGCCGCCGUCACCCGGGAAACCGGCCACGAUCUCCCGCCGACCCGAAGCUGGUUUCAUGGCAGCCGCGAAGAAAGCAGUUUUGGGGCCGUUGGUGGGGGCAGUGGACCAGGGCACCAGCUCGACGCGCUUUUUGGUUUUCAAUUCCAAAACAGCUGAACUACUCAGUCAUCAUCAAGUGGAAAUAAAACAAGAAUUUCCAAAAGAAGGAUGGGUGGAACAAGACCCUAAGGAAAUUCUGAUGUCUGUCUAUGAGUGUAUAGAGAAAACAUGUGAGAAACUUGAACAACUCAAUAUUGACAUUUCCAACAUAAAAGCUAUUGGUGUCAGUAACCAGAGGGAAACCACUGUAGUCUGGGACAAGAUAACUGGAGAGCCACUCUACAACGCCGUAGCUGCUCCAGUUUCUCCUGGCCCUUCAGAUCCAGUUGCCGUUGUUCCCUCUGGCUCUUCAGUUCCAGCUGCUGGCCCUUCCUCAGUGUGGCUUGACCUAAGAACCCAGUCUACCGUUGAGAACCUUAGUAAACGAAUUCCAGGAAAUAAUAACUUUGUCAAGUCCAAGACAGGCCUUCCACUUAGCACUUACUUCAGCGCCGUGAAAGUUCGUUGGCUUCUGGACAACGUGAAAGAAGUUCAGAAGGCUGUUGAGGAAGAUAGAGCUCUUUUUGGGACCAUUGAUUCCUGGCUUAUUUGGAGUUUGACGGGAGGAACCAAUGGAGGCGUCCACUGUACAGAUGUCACAAAUGCAAGCAGGACGAUGCUAUUCAACAUUCACUCUUUGCAAUGGGAUAAAGAGCUCUGCGAUUUUUUUGGAAUUCCAAUGAAAAUUCUUCCAAAUGUCCGAAGUUCUUCUGAGAUUUAUGGCUUAAUGAAAAUCUCUCAUAGCCUGAAAGCUGGGUCCUUGGAAGGUGUGCCAAUAUCUGGGUGUUUGGGGGACCAGUCUGCUGCACUGGUGGGACAAAUGUGUUUCCGAGAUGGACAAGCCAAAAAUACGUAUGGAACAGGCUGCUUCUUACUAUGUAAUACAGGCCGUAAGUGCGUAUUUUCUGAACAUGGCCUUCUGACCACAGUGGCUUACAAACUUGGCAGAGACAAACCCGUAUACUAUGCACUGGAAGGUUCUGUAGCUAUAGCCGGUGCUGUUAUUCGCUGGCUAAGAGACAAUCUUGGCAUUAUAAGGAGCUCGGAUGAAAUUGAAAAACUUGCUAAAGAAGUAGGUACGUCUUAUGGCUGCUAUUUCGUCCCGGCGUUUUCAGGGUUAUAUGCACCUUACUGGGAGCCCAGUGCGAGAGGAAUCAUCUGUGGGCUCACUCAGUUCACCAAUAAAUGCCAUAUUGCUUUUGCUGCAUUAGAAGCGGUUUGCUUCCAAACUCGAGAGAUUCUGGACGCCAUGAACCGCGACUGUGGAAUUCCACUCAGUCAUCUGCAGGUAGACGGAGGAAUGACCAACAACAAAAUUCUUAUGCAGCUACAAGCAGACAUUCUCUAUAUCCCCGUAGUGAAGCCUUCCAUGCCGGAAACAACUGCCCUGGGAGCCGCCAUGGCAGCGGGGGCCGCAGAAGGCGUGGGCGUUUGGAGCCUGGAACCCGAGGACCUGUCUGCUGUCACAAUGGAGCGGUUCGAACCCCAGAUCAAUGCUGAGGAAAGUGAAAUUCGUUAUUCUACCUGGAAGAAAGCUGUGAUGAAGUCAAUGGGUUGGGUUACAACAGAGUCUUCUCAAAGUGGUGACCCUAGUAUCUUCUGUAGUCUACCCUUGGGCUUUUUUAUAAUGAGUAGCAUGGUAAUGUUAAUCGGAGCAAGGUACAUCUCAGGUAUCCCAUAAAUAAUACCAACUCGUGGAUUCCAACAAUGGGAGCUCUUUACCUAACAAGAGACUCCAGCGAAUCUAUCUCUUAAUGUGAUGACACCAUUCAUAGACUCUGAUUUUAUUUAUAAGCCACUUGCCGCAUGACCCUCGAAGUAGACCUGUGGCUCGAAAUAAAGAAAAUGCAGCCGAAUGAAUGCUAUAGAAACAUUUGGUGUGUUUUUUAACAUCAGCUGUUCAGAUUGGACCAGCCACCUUUGGAGCUGACCCCUCCUUUGCCAUCACUUCCGGCCCAUUUCCUCUAAGAUCUGAGAAGGAUCCAGAUCCUGUCCACCGGCAGCUUUCCGAGAGCAUGGUCACACGCUGCCGGGCCAGGGUUUGGUUCUCUGCACUACACACACUUGAUCGAGGGGCUAAGCAUGAGUGACUUUGUGUUUCCCUUUAGCAGACCCCCAACAGUCCCCUUCCCUGCCUGUGAGGGAGACCGCAGCGUCUUCACUGAAUGUCGAAGUGGAAUCCUCCACUAAAUCCAUGAAGUGGAAAUUUAGUACUCUCAUAGCUUACAUAUUUUUCUGAAAAGUAUUUGCCAAAACGGAAAUUCUUCAGACAUUUUACAUGGCCUCAGUAAUUACACGGAGUUGCCGUGUGAAUCUUCCAGGGAAAGACACGUCUUCCUUUUUUUCCCCCACUUCUCCUUUUUACACUUUUUACUUGAUAUGUAUAACAUACCUGUCUAUAUAUUUUAUAUACUGAGGGUAGCCCAUUUAUAAAUUAAGAGUACAUUUUACAUGGCCUCACUAAUUACACUGAAUUUCUGUCUGGAUCUUAAUAGGGAAGAACACUUUUUUUUUCUUUUUAUAUUUCUUACUUUGUACAUAAUUGCAUACAUGCCUAUAUAUUUUAUAUACUGAAGGUAGCCCAUUUAUAAAUUAAGAGCACAUUGUAUUCAGCAGAUUAUAAUGGGGCUGGUCUUAAGUGGACCACUAUGUGCAUAAAUAUUUUGGGGAAACAGCUGUAUAUGUUUUAGGGCAACGGUUAUACAUAUUAUUUACCAGGAGAAAGUUUUUCUUAAAGAGCCAACAUUUAAAAUUUAAAGUAUGUGUUCUAUGUCCAUAGAAGAAAAUAUACUUUAUUGUGACUUCAACUAUAUUUCUUAUAUCUUACAUUUUUAUUUAAUUUUUUUAGCUGGAUACAUGCUAAAGAAAAAAAAAACGUGGAAUACCACAGUAAAUACUGUUUUCAAACACAAGUACUGGUCCACAUAACAUUAUUUUCCUUUGACAUAAUUUUUAACAAUUUGAGAUCCUUUAGAGGGGAUGUCAAAAAAA